AUGGCUGACGAGAAUCAGGUUGAAAAACAGGUGGAACCAACGCCUGUCGUGGAGGUGAUUGAUGUGGAGCCCGACACACUGCAAGACGCGAUUCGCAUCGUCAUACGUAAGGCGCUCGAGGUAAACGGACUUGUCCGCGGCCUUUCUGAGGUUGCUCGGGCGUUGGACCGCCGCACCGCGCACAUGUGUAUUCUCGCUACGGACUGUGACGAUGAAGAGUACAAGAAGCUGAUCAAGGCGCUUGCUCUUCAGGCGAGCAUUGACAUUAUUGAGGUCGAUUCUCGAGAGGAGCUGGCCGAGUGGGCGGGGCUGCAGAGGCGUAAACAAGAUGAAACCGUCAAAACCUUCAAAUGCUCAUGUGUUGCCAUACGCGACUUUGGGGAGCGGACGAAGGCCCUCGAUAUGCUUUUGAACAAGCUGUCCCACUAG